UGACGCAUGAUUACAAAAUGGCGUCGGCUCAUCCUCGACAGGCGCGUCAAAUCUGCUCUGAAAAUGUCCGAAACGUAAAAUAAACUAAAAGUAGAACAUAGUGCGGGUCGUACCUCAAUAUACAAAUACGUAGAAACAAACCAGACUUAGUGAAAUAAUGUGUAAAGACAUGUAUUGUUUAAGAUGAUGUGACGUGAUUAAAUGUCGCAGGAAACAAAGUAUGAACGUUGUGGACGACGCCGAUGGGCCUCUGGAUCCCCGCAUUCAGAUCGAGUUAGAAAAUUUAAACAAUGCAACAGAUGAUAUUAAUAAACUAGAGAUCGAGCUAGAUGAAGCGCAUACGGCAUUUCGACAACUGCUCUCUGAAUCCACAAGAAGAUUAAAAGAAAUAGCUAAUAAAAUUGGUGGCAGCUGCAUUGACAAAGCAAGAUGUUACUACGAAGCUUUGGAAGUCGCGCAACAAGCUCGAAUACAAUGUCAGCAGCAAGCCCAAUUAUUUCAAAGAGCCAGUGAAAUUCAUGCAGCCGCAAAAGAAACUGUUGCACUGGCAGAAGCUCGGUUUAUGGCUAAUCAACACCAGUGGAACUUUGAUCAAGCAUGGCAGGAUAUGUUAAACCACGCAACCAUCAAAGUGACGGAUGCCGAGAACCAAAAAGCUGCCUGUGCAAGGGAGCAUCACAGGCGAGCUAUGCUUUUCCACGACGCAGAAAAAAAGGUUCAAGAGUUGGAAGAAAAGAAUCGUCGCUCGAUAAUCAAGGCUCGACUCUAUUUCGAAAUGAGAACUCAGUGCGAGCAAAUGAUGGCAACUCAAAAGGAAAGAGUCGAAUUUUUGCAGAAAAAAGUCAAAGAAAGAAAACGCGCUUACGCCUGUAGUUUACGGACUCUGGAAGAAAUCAGUAACCAGAUUCACGAACGAAGAAGAGAUUAUGAUAUUGUCGCUAAUGGACCACGAGAACCCGGAGUUGGAGCAGAACUUAUCAGUCCAGAUGAUAGUUUGAACUAUCAGGCUGAAUUAAACAAAGUCACGAUUAGUAGAAUACAUUCGGUAGCGAGUAGCGAACCUGAUAUGGAUGAUCGAGAACAAGAUUUUGAUGACGUUUUUGAACUAAAGCGACGAGUGGAAAACUUGGGUGGAAGAUCAGCCGAUGGAAUGGAAUCGACUUCAAAUCAAUGGGAGUUAGAACUACAGGCCAGUAUGAAGAAGCUUAACGAAAUACAUUUAGGUGAAUCCAGUUGUGUUGAUACUGAUAAAGAAGUGACUUCAGUCGGGACUCAAAAUGAAUGUGAGAAAUCGGCAAAAAACUAUCAGAACGACAGUGUGAAACAGUGUGUCGAUUCGCAACCUGGAAAAUUUUCCUUAACGAAUUACCAGGGAUGGCACUCCUUGACCCAGAGUCCUAUCAACUCGAUUUUUAGUAAAUCGAAGGACGCUUUGAAAAAUAGUAUUUCUAAAUCACUAAGCAAUAGUCCUGUAAAUAUGAGGCAGUUUUCUUUUGUUAGGUCAAAAUUCGACAGAACGCAAAGCAAUAAAAAGUCGAAUGGAAAUAAGGAGGAAAAGGAAUCUCGAAACUGUUCCGAAACCCAGAAUUGUGACGGCUUUGAUUCUCCGAUCGAUGCCAGUCAGGUGAAUCAAAAAGACUCCCGAAACGAGAAAGUAAAUUCGAAAGACCUCCCUCGUAAUAAUUCUGUGGAUUCUGGAACUGAAAAAUCUCCACGACAUUUCGAUGUCAACAAAGUACAAAAAGAUCAUUUCACUACUCAUAGUCUGAACUCUUCACCGAUAAAACGAAAUUUUCUCUACGGCACGAAAUCGAGCAAAUCUUUGGACGUGGAGAAGGAAAUCAACCAAAACGGGGAUUUCAAGAAGCCAAACUGCCCUUCUAAAGAGUUGCCUCUUCUCUCCAUUUUUCGCAACUCGUCGGGCAUGUCCAAGGACAAAAGUUGCAGUAUGAUUGACUUGGGCCACAAACAGAAUUUAAAAACUCUAUUUGAAAAUUCAAGCAGCAGAAAUCUGCAAUUUGUAAGUGUAGAGAGAUUAGCCAAUGCAAGACACAAAUUGGUGUACAAUAACAACUGUGACCUAAACCCAGAACUCGAAAAAAAAUAACGCGCCUAAUCGUGUGUUAAAAAUUGUGAUACAUUAUUCUGUUGUUAAACUUGCCGGAGCGAACAUGACAGAUACGGCCAGGAAGAGGUAAUUAGUUCUAUUCUACAAUUUCGAUGGUAAUUAAUGAGAACGAUACUUGAUAUAUUUAUUAUUAAUUUUGGUGCGUUAAGAGCGAAUUGGUUUUCAGAAUCUCGAGAGAGGAAAAAGAUAUUUUUUAAGAAUAUUUUCUAGAACGUAAGAGGAUUAAGGCUUUGUUUUAUUAUUGCAGUGCCAAGUUUCUGUACGUUGUAAAUUGUACAGACAAUUUCUUCUGUCUUUCGCAAGUAUCUUUUUUUUGUUAUUGUUAAAAUGUACGUUUGUAAAAGACUUUCCUUCUAUCUUUAGAGGGCUUAAAUGGUUCCUAAUGUUUAUACUGUAGGUAUGAGGUGAUGUAAAUCUUUAAACUGUAAUUUCUACGAAAAAAAACAUAUUCAAAGUGGAAAGUCGAAACUGUAAACUAAAGUUUUUCCUGAAUAGAAAAGUUUUUAUUAUCAAAAAUGUUGGUAUUUUAAAAACUAGCGGUUUCUCUAUUUUUGAAGAAUUUGUAUGGUACUAAUCACUCUUCAAAAGAAUUUUUGCUUAAAAUUGAAUAAAUAUGUGUUUUAUUUGAUAAUCUUUUUAUGCUCUUCUUGCAACACUUAUGACAU